CGGCCCUCCAACGUCUCUCACCAGCAGACGUACCGCGACAACCAAGUGGAUAACCAGCGACCGUCGUACCACGCUCCGUAUCAACGUGUCGCGUUAACGUUCAUUACCUAAAUCCGGUAUAACAAAAUCUGAAAACCGUUUUCCGGACCCGUAUAAUAAGUGCAAUCAUUGAUUGGCCCGCAGGCUUAUAAUUGCAGCCUAAAACCUGCGGAAAGUGUGAUGGAGUUUGUCAAGACUGUGAAGUGUUGAUUAAAAGCUGCCAAGGUGCUGUAGUCUGAUUACUAAACCAAUUAAAAAUGCAAUCUUGUUUACCGGAACAUUGAUUCUGGUCAGUGUAGUGUCGAGUUGGUACUUAACUUUACGCUAUGUAAGUCUUGGAAGGUCACUAGAUACCUGCUGGGUGCGAAACCAAUCGGGAAAUGGACAUGACUAAAAAGACGUAUUGUUUUCGAAAGUGAACACGGGUUUUAAAAGAAACAAUCUGGUGAGAAUGGAAAUCGUGGAGCACUAUCGCGUGACACCGGGGCACCUGGAUGAUGAUCCACGGCAAAUGGAUCCCCAUGAUAAGGACCAAGAGUUGUCGGAUUGCGCAAGUGAAACCAGUGAAGUAUUGAGCGUCGGCAGUGAACCCACUCCCGCGACGGACAAUCUUGAUAUGAUUAAAGACUGUGAAACUAAUUCAAUCCCUCACAUCAGUAGUAAUAGUAAUAAUAACAAUAACAAUAUCAAUAAUCAGAGUAGCACGAUGAGCGUUGAUUCAAUGCCAAAUACGUCUUCCCGGUUGGAUUACCAGACUGAAGCGAUAACCAAUUCAGCCGUGAGUUUUACGACGACUUCAUCACGAACGCCGUCGCCGUCGCCAUCGAGUGGGUCUGCCAGCAAUCAGCCUCCAAGUCCUCAUAGUUCCUGCAGCUUGCAACGAGCGUCUUCGCCGACUCCUUCAAUCCGAUCACCAGCAUCCUCGCAUGCUACGCAGGCAUCAUCUCCAAUCCAGGCGGACAGUAUUCACGAGGCAAUUGUCUCUCGUUAUCAAAUGACAACGAUGAACCAGCAGCAUUUGCUGAGCCGAUAUGCCAACCGAGACGCUGACCUCGCUGAUUUCUCUAAUCGCGUUGCUGCAUUGGGUGGCCACGAAACCGCGUUCUCCGCGAUUGAGAGCCGACUCCACCAUCGACUAGGCGGAGUUCCCAUGGUGACGAGGCUGUCUCUAUCUCCACCAACAGCCGCGGUUCCAGGACUCACCAAUUCGGUUUUCCGACCGGCUUGCCGAGAUUUGAGGGAAACUUCUCUGCUGCUACACCCGGUCCCACUUCACGGGAACCUGCUUCAGCACCACGCGACGGCCUCCAUGCUUCACCAGCACCACCAACACAAGGAGCAGGAACACAGGUUGUCUAUCAGCAAACUGAUAAGCAGUGCCAGGGAUUCCAAGAGCCCGAACUCUCCCAGUGACGAAGAACCCAACAUUCCCGCUGGGAACAGCCUCAAUGGGACUAACAACAGCAACCACAGUAACCACAGUACCAAUAGUAAUAAUAGCAACAGUAACAGCAAUAGCAACAGUCACCACCACCACCAUCGGAAUAACCGAAACAACGGCAACAACAACGACAUCCAGGGUAACCUUAAGUUCAGCAUAGACAACAUUCUGAAAGCCGACUUCGGCAGGCGGAUAACGGACCCGAUAUCGCUCAAGAAAUCUCGGCCGAAGAAAAUUGCUCAAAAGCCCAUUGAUCUCACCAAAGACUUUUUGGAAUCGGGCACCGAAAGUUCCUCGGACAAAGUGCUCAGCUCCGAUUUGGGAACUAACGGUUCUAGUAGUAACAUUAGCAGUAAUAUCAAUAGUAAUAGUAGUAAUAACAAUAAUAACCCAAACAAUAAUGCUUCGAGCAAUAAUUCGGCAUCGGGUAAUACGCAAUUAAGUAAUGCAUCAACAACAAAUGCCAGUAGUUUAACGAGUACACCUGCGACCGGGGAUUCUUCGAAACAGAUGCUCUGGCCAGCUUGGGUUUACUGCACCAGAUAUUCCGACAGGCCUUCUUCUGGACGAAGUAAGUAAAAGCAACCUCAAUCAUAUGAUGGGAUUCAAAACACAAGAUGACAGAUGAACGU